AUGGAGAGCAUCUCUACAACAGAUACGGCCAUGACGGUGCAACCUACUAUCUUUCCACGUGUGGGCUACAGCAUACUUUCAUACCUCAUGUUUGUAAACACAUUACUUUCUGUGUUUAAUAACUUGUUGGUGAUUGCCGUGAUGCUUAAGAAUGUACAUUUUCUCAAUGCCAUGAACGUCAUCAUUCUCAGUCUGGCCGUGUCAGAUCUCAUGAUUGCCACUUGCGGCUCUGCCAUCGUCACCAUCACUAAUUACCAAGGAUCUUUCUUUUUAGGCGAUGGAUUUUGUGUUUUUCAAGGUUUUGCUGUGAACUAUUUUGGUCUGGUGUCUUUGUGCACACUCACAUUACUGGCAUACGAACGGUACAACGUGGUCUGCAAACCCAUGGCAGGCUUCAAGCUGAACGUCCGCAGGAGCAGCCAGGGUCUGCUGUUUGUCUGGCUCUAUUGCCUCUUCUGGGCUAUCUUUCCACUGCUGGGCUGGAGCUCGUACGGGCCAGAGGGCGUCCAGACAUCCUGCUCAUUAGGCUGGGAGGAGAGAUCCUGGAACAACUACAGUUACCUCAUCUUCUACACGCUCAUGUGCUUCAUACUGCCCACCGCUGUCAUUGUCUACUGCUACAGCAACGUCCUCAUGUCCAUGAGGAAGAUCAACAAAAGCAUUGAACUUCAAGGGGGGGAGAAUUGUUCUGAGGACAAUGAACAUGCGGUACGAAUGGUCUUGGCCAUGAUCAUCGCAUUCUUCAUCUGCUGGUUGCCCUAUACUGCCCUUUCUGUGGUUGUAGUUGUGGAUCCGGAGAUCUACAUCCCACCUCUGGUGGCCACCAUGCCUAUGUACUUCGCCAAGACCAGCCCCGUCUACAAUCCCAUCAUCUACUUCCUCACUAACAAACGGUUUCGAGAGUCAUCUCUGGAAAUCCUGUCCUGUGGUCGAUACAUCCCUCGUCACACUGGUGGUCUAAUGAUGUGUUCAAUGCAGAGGAGCCAAAGCAGGAUUAAUCCAGUCUGA